CCCAAGAAUCGAAGGCCUGAACCUAUCUAGCUUUGAAGCAUCCAUGGCACCGGAAACCGAAGCUAGAGAACUCCGAAUAUUUGCAGGGACUUGGAACGUGGGAGGGAGGACACCCAACAACACGCUCAACUUGCAAGAUUUUCUGCAGGUGGAGGGAUCUUCGGACCUAUACGUCCUAGGGUACGAUGAAUUAGCUCCUUUUUAUAUCUAGGUUUCAGGAAAUCGUUCCCUGAGUGCCGGUAACGUGCUGGUGGUUGAGGACAAUGAACCCGCCGCGAAGUGGCUGGUCCUUAUAAACCAAGCCCUAAACCGACCGUACGACAACGACUCGUCUGGCCAUGGCUCGAAACCACCGAACAAAUCCUCCAAGGACUUGGCAACGAGAACCCCGAACGCCGUCAACUUCCUCCAGAAGCCGUCCCUGAAAGUCCUGCGCAAGAAAUUAAAGGCGAACAAGGCUCUCCUCAAAUCCUGCAACUGCAGCACGGAGUCGUCGCCAAUAGCCAGAGAGAGGCGGAGGCAGAGGAAGUUCAGUGACGCCAUGGACCGGCCGGAGUUCAUGUCUUUCCAGUACCGCCGCGAGAGCUGCGUCGACGACCUCUUCGUGGGUGCGGAGCUCGACCCAUCUUACUAUCCGUCGUCCCCAGUGCUGAGCGCAAAUGAUCCGCGGUACAAGCUCGUGGCCUGCAAGCAGAUGGUCGGGAUUUUCCUGACCGUGUGGGCUCGGACCGAGCUGGUGCAACACGUCGGCCACCUCAAGGUGUCGUCCGUGGGAAGAGGGAUCAUGGGUUGCCUCGGAAACAAGGGAUGCAUAUCCGUAAGCCUGUCGUUGCACCAAACCAGCUUCUGCUUCGUGUGCAGUCACUUGGCCUCUGGCGAGAAGGAAGGCGACGAACUCAAGCGGAACGCCGACGUCUGUGAGAUCUUAAAGAGCACCCAGUUCCCUAAAAUCUGCAAGAAACCUGACCGGCGAGACCCCGAAAGGAUACUGGAGCAUGACCGGGUUAUCUGGAUGGGAGAUCUGAACUACCGGCUUUCGUUGAGUUACGAGGAGACGAGGUGUUUGUUGGAGGGUAAUGACUGGGACACUCUCCUCGAAAAGGAUCAGUUGAACAUCGAAAGAGAAGCUGGAAGAGUGUUUAAUGGGUUCAAGGAAGGACGUAUCCUCUUCGCCCCGACCUAUAAAUACUCGCACAAUUCGGACUCCUACGCCGGCGAAACUGUCAAGUCCAGGAAGAAACGCCGGACUCCCGCAUGGUGCGAUAGGAUACUAUGGAGCGGAAACGGGAUCGACCAGCUGUCUUACAUUCGAGGGGAGUCGCGAUUCUCCGAUCACAGGCCGGUAUGCUCGGUGUUCGCAGUGGUGGUGGAAGCGAGGAGGAAACCGAUAGCACGGUACAGGAAGGGGAAUUCCUGUGCCGGCACUAGAGUAGUAGUAGAUUAUGGUGAGUGCAUACCCCAAAGGCAUAAACUUGAAUGAACUCUGAAGCCUAACUGAUAAUCAAUGCUUGUGCUUCAAAUCUCUCUCUCUCUCUCUCUCUCAAAAAUGCUUCCUGUACAAAAUGCUGGGGAAGGGAUUUUCAUCUCCACAAAAGUUUUCCCCACCUCGAGCGUGCAUGACAAACUGACAGGGAAGGGAUUUUCACAGCAAAUACCCUAAAUGCUGGGG